AUGAGAGCGAUCAUAUGUGCAGGCCCUGGAGAGGCAAAACUUGUUUCAGAUAGGCCGAUUCCGACACUGAGGGAUGACUAUGUUCUUGUUAAGACUCACUCAGUCGCCAUCAAUCCUACCGAUUGGAAGCAUGUUGACUUCAUAUCUACAACGGGUGCUCUCGUUGGCUGCGACUAUGCAGGAUUUGUUGAAGAAGAAGGCAAAGCUGUUACCAAGGAUUUCAAAAAGGGAGACCGAAUUGCUGGCUUCGUCCAUGGAAUGAACGCCGUUCAAAUCGAGGAUGGUGCUUUCGCAGAGUUCAUAGUGGCGAAGGGAGAUCUACAAUUUCAGAUCCCGAACAGCAUGAGUUUCGACGAAGCAGCCACUCUACCGCUCGGUGUCAUAACUGUGGGCCAGAAUAUGUAUCAGGCUAUGGGGCUCCCGUGGCCAAACAAUCCAUCAUCGUCUGGCGAGAAAGUCCUGAUCUAUGGAGCAAGCUCAGCAACAGGAACUUUGGCAGUCCAAUUUGCAAAGCUAUCUGGGCUAUCACCCAUUGCUGUCUGCUCGAGCAAGCAUUUUGAUCUUGUCAAAUCGCUGGGAGCCACUGCUGUUUAUGACUACAAGACGGACUUGCCCUCGAAGAUUCGUGUUGAAACGAAUAACUCCUUGAAAUAUGCCUUUGAUUGUAUCUCUUCUCAAAGCACGGCGGAGUAUUGUGCCGCUGCUCUCACAUCAGGAUCCGACGCCAAAUUUUCGAAUCUACUAGGGGAAGUUUCGCCACGGAAGGAUGUGGCAUCGUCUUCUGGUAUUGCCUAUACAGCCAUGGGAGAAGACAUUGUGUACAUUGGGACUCCGAUUGCUGCGUCUGCAGAAGACUUUGAGUUUGCCAGACGCUGGUUUGAGAUGACAGAGUCUUUUUUGGCUGAGGGAAAGUUGAAGACGCACCCUCUGAAAAUCGGCCCAAAUGGUCUGGCUGGAGUGCUCGAGGGUAUGGAUCUUUCGAGAAAAGGCUUGGUGUCUGGACAGAAGUUGGUCUACCAUGUAUCAGAAACCCCAUAG